AUGUAUAUCCGUUCAUUUCAUACAGCGUCCCGUUUACUGAGUAAUGGGACGGUAAGAGCUACCUUAUUCUCUAAGAGCAAAUGCGGUUUGUGUGAUAAUGCCUCUAACGUUAUGGAAAAGGUUUUAAAAAAAAGGCCACAAGUCGAUUAUUCUGUGGUGAAAAUUGAUGACCCUAAAAACCACGAAUGGUGGGAGAAGUAUUGUUUCGAUGUACCUGUGCUACAUCUUGAAACACCAGUUAGAGAGGGAUCUCUGAUCAAAGUAUUUCACCGAUUGGAAGAAGAAGAUGUUUUAGAUAAAAUCAAAGGUUUGGAGUGA